AUGGCGCCUGCUGUCGGUAUCGACUUGGGCACCACCUAUUCCUGCGUGGGAGUCUUCCGCGAGGAUCGGUGUGAAAUCAUUGCCAACGACCAGGGUAACCGGACCACACCCUCGUUCGUUGCCUUCACCGAUACAGAGCGUCUCAUUGGAGAUGCCGCCAAGAACCAGGUCGCAAUGAACCCCACGAACACAGUCUUCGAUGCCAAGCGUCUCAUUGGCCGCAAGUUUGCCGACCCUGAGGUCCAGGCCGACAUGAAGCACUUCCCCUUCAAGGUCGUCGACCGCGGCGGCAAGCCUGUCAUCGAGGUCGAGUUCAAGGGCGAGAAGAAGACCUUCACUCCCGAGGAGAUCUCGUCCAUGGUUCUGACCAAGAUGCGUGAGACGGCCGAGUCUUACCUCGGUGGCACCGUCAACAACGCCGUCAUCACUGUUCCUGCCUACUUCAACGACUCUCAGCGCCAGGCCACCAAGGAUGCCGGUCUCAUUGCGGGCCUCAACGUCCUUCGUAUCAUCAACGAGCCCACGGCCGCUGCCAUUGCCUACGGUCUCGACAAGAAGCUCGAGGGCGAGCGCAACGUCCUCAUCUUCGACCUUGGUGGUGGUACCUUCGAUGUGUCCCUCCUGACCAUUGAGGAGGGUAUCUUCGAGGUUAAGUCCACCGCCGGUGACACUCACUUGGGUGGUGAGGACUUUGACAAUCGCCUCGUCAACCACUUCGUGAACGAGUUCAAGCGCAAGUUCAAGAAGGACUUGUCCACCAACGCCCGUGCGCUGCGUCGUCUCCGCACUGCCUGCGAGCGUGCCAAGCGCACUCUCUCCUCGUCGGCCCAGACCUCGAUUGAGAUUGACUCUCUCUUCGAGGGUAUUGAUUUCUACACUUCCAUCACCCGUGCCCGCUUCGAGGAGCUCUGCCAGGAUCUGUUCCGCUCGACUCUUCAGCCUGUCGACCGCGUCCUGACGGAUGCCAAGAUCGACAAGUCGCAGGUCCACGAGAUUGUCCUUGUCGGUGGUUCGACUCGUAUCCCGCGCAUCCAGAAGCUUAUUACCGACUACUUCAACGGCAAGGAGCCCAACAAGUCCAUCAACCCCGAUGAGGCUGUUGCCUACGGUGCUGCCGUCCAGGCUGCCAUCCUGUCUGGCGACACCUCGUCCAAGUCGACCAACGAGAUUCUCCUGCUCGAUGUCGCUCCUCUGUCGCUCGGUAUCGAGACCGCUGGUGGCAUGAUGACCAAGCUCAUCCCGCGUAACACCACCAUCCCGACCAAGAAGUCCGAGGUCUUCUCCACCUUCUCGGACAACCAGCCCGGUGUGCUCAUCCAGGUCUACGAGGGUGAGCGUCAGCGCACCAAGGACAACAACCUGCUCGGCAAGUUCGAGCUCACCGGCAUCCCGCCCGCUCCUCGCGGUGUUCCCCAGAUCGAGGUCACGUUCGAUCUCGAUGCCAACGGUAUCAUGAACGUCUCGGCCCUUGAGAAGGGCACUGGUAAGACGAACCAGAUUGUCAUCACCAACGACAAGGGUCGUCUGUCCAAGGAGGAGAUUGAGCGCAUGCUUGCCGAGGCCGAGAAGUUCAAGGAGGAGGACGAGCGCGAGGGCGCCCGUGUUGCUGCCAAGAACGGCCUUGAGUCGUAUGCCUACUCCCUGCGCAACACUCUGAGCGACUCCAAGGUCGACGAGAAGCUCGACGCCGCGGACAAGGAGAAGCUCCGCACCGAGAUCGACAAGAUUGUCAACUGGCUCGACGAGAACCAGCAGGCCAGCAAGGAGGAGUACGAGGAGCACCAGAAGGAGCUCGAGGCCGUUGCCAACCCCAUCAUGAUGAAGUUCUACGGUGCCGGCGGUGCUGGCGGCAUGCCCGGUGGCAUGCCCGGCGCUCCUGGUGGCUUCCCUGGUGCGGGCGGUGCCAGCAACGACAACGACGGCCCGACUGUCGAGGAGGUCGACUAA